GCCGUCUUGACGAACUUCCACCAUGACUGCUCUUCGUCGAAUCCAAAAGGAACUGAAAGACAUUGCAUCGAAUCCGAUAGAGGGUAUCUCUGUUGACACCGCAGAUGAUAAUAUGUUCCAUUGGAACUGCUCGAUCAAGGCUGCUUCAGAUUCGCCAUACAAGGGCGGAACUUUCCGUUUUUCGAUGAUUCUCCCUCAAAAUUUUCCCUUCAAAGCACCGAAUGUUACGUUCUCCACCAAGAUAUACCAUCCCGGAAUCAAUGAAGAAGGCAGCAUCUGUAUUCCCGUGCUCCGCGAUGAGUGGAAACCAUCAGUUACACUAUCAUCGGUUCUUUCUGUCAUUCAAGACAAGGUCAACAACCCGAGCACUGACGAUCCAUUUGAGCCAGAUAUAGCUGCGCUCCUCAAGAAUGACAAGAGCAGGUUUCUUGCUACUGCGAAGGACUGGACGAAGAAGUAUUUAAAGAAUUCUCUGAAAACGUGAGGUUUGUUUUGCUGAUAUAUGAUGUCUGUAGGUAUGCAACAUGAGGCUGAAUAGGAUAUAUGUAUGAUACAUACAUUGUAAUUUGUCUACAUAAAUAACUUAACGC